AUGUUGAAGACGUUCGCGGAGCGGCACGGGGCGUCCGACGGGCCCUUGAUAGGAACCCUUUUCGAAGAUAAUUCCAACUCCAACUCCAUGUUAUCCUCGCUUCCUUUCUCUUGGUGUACUCCGUACAAGUGUAACGCCCCGGAAGAUCGACCGCGACUUGGAAACGAGGAACGAGUGGAGCAAUAUCAAGAGCUAAACGCUCAUAAAGUAAUUGCCGAGUACACCUAUUGGGCGGACAACUCGCUUUCUGGAACUUUACGAAAAUGGCACAGCCGCGUUAAAUCGGCUGCCCCCGUUGGCAGAGCAGCGUCGGAGAUUCUCCCAAGCCACAUCGCCAGAAGCCCCGAGCCUCUCGAAGAGCUCAUCCGCACUAAUAAUUAUCAUGCCGCCCAACGCCCGCUGCCUAGCUGGCCAGCCAUGCCAUCCCAAUCAAGCGGAUACGCUAUUCCCGAAGGAGUUCAGUUCGAGGGGCUCAAGGGUGUCCCAGCCCCAUUUGGUUCCAUGAAUCCAUCUUAUGCUGUUGCUAUAAGGCCUGUCCUGCCUCAUCGCCUUCUAAGUUUCAACGGUCGUCGUCUCCCACACAAGCCUUCCACAUCCUUCACCUGGACCAAGAUCAAGAUCAAUAACGGGAAACGGAUAGGGGAUGGUAGUGUAUCACCGCAGGCGAUCUUCGGCCACCGGCGUCCUCGUUGUUACACCGGAUCCUGUCCCGUUGCCCGAGAAGAAACUCCGAAUACGGGGCAGGUAUUGAACGACCGGCCGAUUUGCCGCGUCGAACCUCGCCUCACCUCGCGACAACUUCGAAGAACGGAUUACCGGCCCGGCGGACCGUUAUCCGGGGUCAGGCCAAAAACUCAACCAGCCAACAAAGGGCAGGCAGUGCAAGUGUGCAAGUGCGGAAUUCGGCCUUGGGCAGAUGAUGCUAGGUCCAGGUCCGUCGCCGACCGUACAUCUCAGGUUCCCUCGGUCGUCAAUCGCAGACAAUUGCCCUAUGAGGGCAUCAGUUCCAAAGAUGACGGGCAGAGAGUCCAGACCAACUUCAGAGACCCUUCCGGGACAGGAGAGGCACAAAAAUCAAUACGGGGUUGGCACGUCUGA